AUGAAGUGGUAUAAUAUGAUUUCUCUUGGUCUUGGGGGUUUAAGGGGUCAAGGAGACAAGGGGACAAGACAUUUGCCUUGGGCACAACAAAAGGGGUGUGUUGUUGGGGGUAGAACUCAAGAAUGGAUGUCUCCAAGACUAAUGCUGGUCAAAACUAGGGUUGCGAAACUCGUCAACCCUAGAUGGAGCAAAUUCCCGAUCUCCCUCACGAUUGAAGCAUCCCUGGUGGCGAGCUUUUUUCAAUCGAGCUCCUCAAUACGCGUGAGCUGCAAUUGUCGAUUCCAAGCUAGGUGCCGUGGCGCCGCCAGUGCUCUCGCCGUGGAGAUUCCAACCUGGGAGCCUCUGGAGACGGCCGCCUGCUGCUGGCCGAUCUUUGUCCAGCCAUCAAACCCUAGGGGAGCGGUGGCGAUGUGGUGGCUAUGGUGGUGGAGCAAGACUGGAUCUUAA